AUGUCUCGUCAAUAUUUUACGACUUCCCUCUCUCUUCGCAACUUCACAUCCCAUCCCAUCUCCUCAACCCCUUCGCGACUCACCCGAACCUCAUCCCCAUCAUUCGGCACCCCAAAGCCUUUCAACAAAUCCUACAAACGGUUUAACUCUACUGAACCGACUCAUUCCGCCUCCGCUCACCCGCCCCCACGCUCACCUCCGCGCUCGCGCCUCCGCCGCUUCAUCGGCUUCAGCUCCCUCGCCGUCUUCGCCUUCACCCUCGGACUAACCUACCAAACCCAACGCACCGUCUCCCGCAUCAUGGCCUCCCCAAUGCUCAGCGACGAAGAAACCCUAUCCGCCUACCACGCCGGGGACACCACAACCGCCGAGAUCGACACAACACUCCGCACCCACCCCGUCGCCGAGGCCCUCCGCGCCGAUCCCGACUUCAGCGAGUCGCGCCCACACCUCAAAAUCCCCGCAACCAUGCGCGAGCGCAAUUUCACCGCCGGCACCCUGGCCGGACCAGGGAAGAUCGUCGUGCCACCCUACGUCUUCAGUGAGCGCGCAGGCAAGAGCAUGGUUUCCCUCAUGUACCUCGGUGGUGAUGUCUGCGGGCACCAGGGCAUUAUUCACGGCGGUCUGCUGGCUACAUUGUUAGACGAGGGUUUGGCGCGUUGCUGCUUCCCGGCUUUGCCGAAUAAGGUUGGCGUCACGGCUAAUUUGAAUAUUGAUUAUCGGGCUCCAGCCAUGGCGGAUCAGUAUGUUGCGUUGAGGGCGGAGACUGUGAAGGUUGAGGGUCGUAAGGCGUGGGUGGAAGGUCGCAUUGAGACUUUGCCGAUUGAUGGCUCGGAUCCUGUGGUUUUGGUUGAGGCUAAGGCUUUGUUCAUUGAACCCAGACAAGCUGCUGUAAGUGGAAUCUUUGUUAUUUUGGUGGGUUGA